AUGGCCCAUCGCCCACGCUUGGACGACCCGGCCGUGUUGGAGGCUCUCUUGACGCAGUACUCGGCGCCCGACGAUCUGGCUGCAAAGCUCAAGUCCGCCGGGUACAACACCCUGUCUGCGCUCGUCUUCGCGGCCCCCGACGUCGCCGACGAGCCCCAGCUGCUACGCAGCCUUCUGUCUCUUCCCGCACCUACGGAGCUAACCACUCCAGCUUGCUCGGCCGUUCGCCGCCUCCUCAUGGAGGCGAGAUUGCUUCUGCCUGGUGUGCCGCCCAGCCUGCCUGCCGCCACCUCCGCGGCUCCUUCUGCCCCUAUGCCGUCGCAGCCGGCCGUGCCUAAACUGUCCACGGCAGAACUUUCUCAGCUCCGCACGGACUUCAUGGCGGCCUACCCCGGAGAGCUCCUUAACUCUGCUACCACGCCGUGCUUGGAAAUGUGUGCCGCCAUAAAGCAUUUACAUGACUCCGCCUGUUCUCCCUGGCUGCCGUGGCGUCAACGUGCAUCGGAAGCCGACCGCGCCGCCUGGUCAGAAUCCCGCCGGCCGCGCUCGGAUGGCCAACUUCUUCGCGCCUUACUGUCAGACGAGUUUGAAGCGCCCGCUCCUACCUCCGCCGCCGGUCUCAACGGCCCGCUGGAAUCUGUGCUUCGCCGCAACCUCUCCCUCUUCGCUACUGCCUUGGCGAUGACAAAGAUCACUCACUUGAUCACCAUCAAGCGCUUCACGGAGAAGUUCAUAUCUACUGCCCUGGCGGUUCCGCUUGACCCGUCGCUCCGACCGCCGACAUUGAAUGAGAUAUUGGCCGCAGACCGCGCCGUGUGGAUAUCCGUGCAUGAAUUGGUUCGAGACCAUAGUUGGUCGCUAGAGGACGCGCUCAACGAGAUCUCCACUUGCCGCCAGGACAUCUCUGCCCUCCUGCAGCCGCGUCCGCGUACAUCCAAAGCACACGCGGACCCUAACGCCCCUAACCCCCGUGCCCCUAACAACCGCCGCCCGGACCGUUCCCGCUCUGCCCGCAACGACGAGGCUCGCAAGCAUGCGCCAAAAUCCAAAGGUCGGGGCCGCGGGAAAGACAGGUCCGAUGCCUCCUCUUCUGUGCCCGGCUUCGAUGCCGCUUGGUUCCACAAGAUUGGCAAACGUGAGUUGUGCAAGCGAUACGCUCUGGGCAAGUGUUCGAACCCUAACUGCCGCUAUGCUCACCUCUGCCCGCUUCCCUUGCCGUCCGGCAAGCCCUGUGGGCAGAAGCACACCGUUGCUGAGCAUAAAAACACCGCGCAUUGA